CGAGUUAUUGUAGUUUCAUUUACACAUUUCUGUAUAUAAUACCCAAAGGUGAAUAACUCGUUGCUGUGAAGGUGCGGGGUACAUGCCCGUAAUAACUAGGGUAAACAAAAAAAAAUUAAAAUAACGACCAGAUUGAGCCAACAUUGCUGGCUCAAAAAACUGCUUGUCAUUCUGAUUUAAACCGAAACCAGAAGAACAACAGAAGAACAGAAGAUCUGGAAUUUUCCAUUCCUUUCGGAACGCUGUGAUAGGUUGAACACUGAGAGCACAACCAAUGGGAAGCCUGGUGGUGAUGCGUGUAUAUCUGGUGUAUAUCAUCACAUUCUAUCUAUUCACUGACCAUUUGUUCUAGGAAAUCUCGCAGUUGCAUAACCUUCGAAACCGUUGUGCAUCAAUUGUAAGAAAGUCGCUAGCCAUACGUACAAAAUAAUUCCUUUAAAUCUGUAUUCGCUGAACUUAUUGACGACUGAAUUGUACGAAUGGCAGUAAAAAGCAACUCCUUUCAGGAAAAAUUCGAGCUGACCCAAAAAACUGAGAAAAUAUCUUCGGUGGCAGAUCCCAUCAACGCACGGGAGGGCGCGCCAUUUACGGAGAACACCGCCGGCGCGUUCCCCCAUGAGAUAAUGGAUGAAAAAAUUAAAGAUGCUGAGAGGCGUCAGGCGGGGGAGGGGACUGGAUCACAUAACCCACCGCUGCGGCGAGCGGGGGGAUGGCUGCUGGAGGAGCGCGACGGGUCCUCUGCCUCGGACCGAGACUGCCGCUCCAGGUCCGUCUCCACGACGACCCGUUCCCGCUCCCGCUCCAGCUCAAACUCCGUCAGCAGCGGGAGCAGCUACAGCUCUGGUCGCCAUGGCGACCGGAGGAGGAACCGCAGGAGGUCGUACUACCGCAGCAGCAGCAGCUCCCGGUCGUGCUCCCGGUCCCGGUCGCGAUCGAGGCCCCGCCCUCGCUGCCACCGGGCCCCCGCCCGCUCCCGCUGUUGCCGGGGGCGACGCAGGUCCCCACCCCGCCGCUACAGGGCCCGCUCGCGCUCCUACAGCCCCUCCUACUCGCCCGUCCGGCGACACCGGCUCAGGAGCCCGCCCCGAUCCCGGUCUCGAUCCCGGUCCCGGUCCCGGUCUGGAGGGCGCAGGGUGUACGGGUUCGUGGGCAGGAGCAGGUUCAGGCUGACCUUCUCCCCCGAAAGGCGGUCCCGAACCCGCAGCCGCUCCAGAUCCCGGUCGCCAGACAGGACCAGCAUCCGCCUGAGUCUGCAAGAAAAGAGGCAGCUUCUCCUCAUCGCCAGAGAAAACGCAGCCAGGGCCCUGGGGGUGGAGGAGGUGGCUCUGCCGGCGAGCGUCAACGCGGUGCUGGAGGUCCAGGAGGAGCCCGCGCUCGGGGAUCGGGUGAGACCGGGGGGCUCCGCCCUCAACAGCCUGAGGGAGACGUUUGCUCUCUCACCCCCAAGGUGCACAGUCACGGACGUAAUGCCUGCAAGGGUUUGUGAUUUCAUUUCUCUAUUGUAUUAAAACAAUUUAAAAAAAAAAAAAAAAAUUUUUUAUAAACCAUAGUACUUCUACUGCGAAGCAGUGACAGACAUGGAAAUGUAUUAUCUAAACGGCUUGCCUCUUCUCUGUGUGUCGCAUGCUCUGUACUCAAAAGAUCUGCGGUAUUUAUUUAUUUAUUUAUUUAUUUAUUUUUUAAAGUUGUGUAUCUCUAAACCCCAGUCCCUUUCUCCAGGUGUGCAGCGUUAGCGUUAUGUCCUCUGCCUCUUUAUCUCUGUCUCUGUAGAUCACAUGACAGUGGCCAUCACCUCAUGAGGCCUGUCCAGGGAGAAUGAGGUGGCAGCCUGUGUGGCUGUGCGUGACAUCAUGGGUUUGUGGGUUGCGUUUACUGAGCAGUGAUUGGUCUGAUCGUGACUGCAUAGCGACGGCACACGAAUGACGCAUUAACACUCAUUUUAAGAAAAAGAAACCCUUCAUCUGCCUAUAGGUUCACUUGCAUUUGUGCCCUUGGUCAAUCUGCCAAAUUAAAGAUAAAGAAGGCUUGAGCUAAUUCCACCCAUGGUAACACAUUUGCUUCCAUCAUUACCUGAACUGAGCUGUAAUGCAUAGUGUUGCUGUACCUGUACAUAUGAGUGUGUGUGUGUGUGUUCACACGUGUGUGUGUGUGUGUGUGUGUAGGGGUCGGGGGGGGGGGGGGGGGGUUCACAUCUGCGUUGUCCCUCAGCAGAAGUUUUCCGUCAGCAAGCUGAAGAAAUUGUGUUCAGACUGCGUUUUAGUGACUAUUCCCGAUGAAGAAACCCAGCUCCUGUGCGCUUCAGAUAAGUCUGUAAAUUUGUCUGGAAAAAAGGGCUUUAACCUUCUGUCCAGACAGACUUCUAUCCAGGUGCCUUUUUGCUUUUGGUUUGUAUGAAAUUAGAUUAUCAUUUUUAUUUUUUCAUGUUUUGGUUCUACCAUUCAGAGCGUUAUGCAGUAGGUCUCUGAACAUUUUUGUGUCGGCGAGGAUGUUGCUCAGGUGUGUUGUGAAUCAGGCUCCCAUUGGCCGUUGGGAGACGGUUGCUGAGGUUUCCACAUUUAUGGAAGAGCUAGAAGAACAAACACUACCUUAUAAAGCCAGUUUUUUUUUUUUUUUUGCAUAACAAAAUAUUUCAGCUAGCUUACUUUGUUAUGAAGCAGAAAAUGUAUGUUUGUGAGAGCCAGCAAGUAUUUGCUUGUGAGAUAACCUGGUGAAAAUGAUCAAAAAGGAAAAA